AUGGCGUUAUUUUGGUGUGCAAUAUUGUAUGCAGUUAUAAUUGUUAAUGCAUUCUGCCAUUUGUCUCUGGAUUCUCUGGAAUUCAGACGUUAUGGCGAAUCUGGUAAUAUAGUUAUUAAGGAAUACGAUAAUAAAUUGCUAAUUAGAUCUGAAACCAGAGAAAUAAUAUCAUUCUCCCCUAAUUCUCUCGAAUUGCUAUCGCAUUUAACUUACAAAAAUUUAUUCUCGACUGAUUCACUUACCAGUAACCACGUCAAACAAUGGCAACUACAUUCAUUUGAUACGUUUCAGGAUAACGAAUCGCAACUUUGGACGCCAAAUAAGACAUCACAAUGUGGCAACUCAGGAGAUAUCUUUUUGGGUGGAUUUUGCAAAUUGGCACAUGGAGAAGCUAUUAGGUACUACAACUCAUUGCCACAGCAUACACUAGCUAGGUUGACUGCUAGGGUCCACUUUUUUGAUAAAUGGUUGGGUCAAUCCAUUAUUUUGGCCGUAAACAACAAAAUUGUAUGGACAGACACCUACAAAUGGUGCGAGGACUUUUCAAUGAAUUGCAAAAGUGAUGGCAUUGAUGUAUGUGGGCAGCAAUAUCCAGAUAGGAUAUCUGUUUCACUCGAUGUAACAUUUGCACAUACCGAGGAUUCGCUGAUGAUAUCAUUUUCUAGUACACUAAACAAAGAUACAGACCCGUGCGAAAUAUCUUGGGGUGUUGAUGAUGUGGCCCUUUACCUAGUUUGA